AUGAGAAUAAGACUUGACAAGGCUCUUGCAAACAAUGCUUGGAGAUUGCUUUUUCAUGGUGCUACCGUCCACCACAUCUCCAUGUCAACAUCUGAUCACUCCAUGCUCUCUCUGCGCCUUAGGGAUGAUCGGCACAGCCGCCAAAAAGAUAAGAAGCUUUUCUGGUUUGAAGAGAUGUGUUUAAGCGACCCACGAUGUUCUGAAGUAGUGCAAGAUUCCUGGCAAGAAGGGCUGUCUAAACCGGAUGGCCUCCCUAUCACAAAUUGCCUUGAAACUUGCCAAGCUAGGUUGCAAACAUGGAAUAAAACAGAGUAUGGCCAUGUGGAACGCAAGAUACAGCACUUACACAAAAAAUUACAAAUGUUGGAGAAUCAAGCCCAUAGUGCCGAAACUGACAGGGAGAUAUUUGAAGUCCCAAAAAUGCUAAACACUUAG